UGCAUUGGGUGUGGCCCUAAAAAGAAAGAAAAAAAAAAUGCUUAUUGCACAAAGAUUGAUUACAAAGCCUUCACUUCUGGGCCCCACAAGGCAGUCUGAUUAGGUCCCCAGUUAUGUGGCAAGGCUCAGAGUGUCUGUGAAGACCAAGCCACCCCCAAGUGGCAAAUCACUGAGUCAUUCCCUCUCUCCACUGGUGCUUAGAACACCUGUAAAAUGGAACUUGCUUUGUUCAACCAGCGCUUGGAACCUCUAACUCCCUUCUCCUUGGUGCUUCUUUGCUCCAGGCCGCAGAGAGCGUCCAAAUAGGAGGCUGUGGGCACAGUCGGUUGUCACGGAGAUGACGAGGCUGUGAUUGAUGAAGUGCAGAUCCCAGCCAGUGCUCCCAAAGAAAGACGCUCCUCCCGGCCCUUCCGGCUCCCUCGAGAUCCCAGACAGCAGGGAGGAAGAUGCAGCCGGCAGACAGAGCGCGGCAGCCCCCCAAGCGCUGAGGGCUCCCUCCACUCCUUCCGGCCCCAGCCCCAGGAUCUCCUCCACCAUGGCCUGCAACAGCACGUCCAUCCAGACCGAAGAAUCUGCACCGCGGAACGGGAGCCUCGGGGAGGACUCCAGGGCGCCCGCCCCUCUCAGGAUGUCCCUGGCGGUAGUCAUGAUGCUGAUGAUCGUGGUGGGUUUCCUUGGCAACGCCGUGGUCUGCAUCAUCGUGUACCAGCGGCCGGCCAUGCGCUCUGCCAUCAACCUGCUUCUGGCCACGCUGGCCUUCUCCGACAUCAUGCUGUCCCUGUGCUGCAUGCCCUUCACGGCCGUCACCCUGAUCACGGUCCACUGGCACUUCGGGGACUACUUCUGCCGGCUCUCUGCCACGCUCUACUGGUUCUUUGUCCUGGAGGGCGUGGCCAUCCUGCUCAUCAUCAGCGUGGACCGCUUUCUCAUCAUCGUCCAGCGCCAGGACAGGCUGAACCCGCGCAGGGCCAAGGUGAUCAUCGCCGCGUCCUGGGCGCUGUCCUUCUGCGUCUCGGCACCCUCGCUGGCCGGCUGGACACUGGUGGAGGUCCCGGCUCGGGCCCCGCAGUGCGUGCUGGGCUACACUGAGGGCCCGGGAGGCCGCGCCUACGUGCUGGUGCUGGUGGGCGCCGCCUUCUUUGUGCCCUUCGCCGUGAUGCUGUGCUCCUACCUGGGCAUCCUGCACACCGUGCGCAAGAACGCCGUCCGCGUGCACAACCAGUCCGACAGUCUGGACCUGCGGCGGCUGCCCCGCGCCGGCCUGCGGCGGCUCCAGCGGCACCAGCAGGUCAGCCUGGACCUGAGCUUCAAAACCAAGGCCUUCACCACCAUCCUGAUCCUCUUUGUGGGCUUCUCGCUGUGCUGGCUGCCGCACUCGGUCUACAGCCUGCUGUCCGUGUUCAGUCGGCGCUUCUACUGCGGCCCCUCGUUCUACACCACCAGCUCCUGUGUCCUGUGGCUCAGCUACCUCAAGUCCGUUUUCAACCCCAUCGUCUACUGCUGGAAGAUCAAGAAGUUCCGCGAGGCCUGCCUGGAGCUGCUGCCCCAGACCUUCCAGAUCCUCCCCAAAGUGCCUGAGCGGAUCCGGAGGCGAAUCCAGCCGAGUACCAUCUACGCGUGCCCUGAAAACCAGUCCGCCGUGUAGGGGAGGCCGACGCACCCCCUGGCCUGCGGCGCGGGGCCCCGCCUCCCCUGCUUGCCUCCACGGGGGCUUCUCCAUCGCCAGCACUCUGUGGGGGCCUCUUAAGCACAAAGGGACUCAUUUGUUACCAGGUGAGCUGCCGGCUCGCAAGGUUGCCAGGUGAAUUAUUUUUGUUUCUAGCGGCAGAAGAAACAAUGUGUGGCUCUCAAGGAAACUGGACAGUGGUGAAGACGAAAUGGGAAGUGAGUGGGUGAUGGAGGAGUGGGGCACCCUUAGGGAGGGGGCAGGGAGGGAAGUUGGCUGGGGGCUGGGGGUAGGAGGAAGCUUUGUCUAAAGAGCCCUCCCUGCACCUGCCCUCCAGGAUCCCCUCCACACCCUGGGUAGUUUCCAUCCUGAGAAACCCAAAAGGUUCGAUUCAUCUCGUGGGUCCUGAACCGUCUUGGGCACCAGUGUUCUCCAGAGGCUGUAUGUUUGCGGCUGUGCGUUGUGGAAACACACAGGGUUCUUGGCGCUGGUCGGGUCAUCCCUUCUAUAAACCAAAGUCACGCUGGGAAGCGGGGAGCACCUGUGCUUUUCAGCUUCCCAGGGUGACCCAUGGGAGGCCUCGGUGGCUUGAAUCCCAGAGAAUGUUCGGGGCAGCUCAGCUGAAAGGAGAAACCCACCCCAGCCCUCGUGCCAGUCUUUGACGCCCUACCUGGCCAGGCCCAUCUGGCGCCUCACCCAGAAGCCCGUCACCUCCCUGCCUGCUGUCACAGCCCCUGGUCCCCGGGCCCCCGUUCUCAUUCCAUCUGUCCCCGUGUGCAAGAACCACACUCCUGUAAUUCAUCUUUUCAGCAAGUUCUUGUAGCAACUUACUUUCGGUCUCAGGAGUGGUCGGGGGGCUUUGCUGAUGGGUUUCUCCCGGUCCCCUGAGGCCACCACAUGUGUCCGGAGCUGGGCCUCCCCCUGCGGGCUGCCCCCUGACCUCUGUUCCUCUACCUCAUUCAGGGCCACAGGAAUCUGACCCCUGCCCUCGGGGUCAGUCACCUCCUGGGACCUCGGUCCCCCAGUCCGGGCAGGACUGGAGUCCCAGGAGGGCAGGGCCUAGAGGGGACCAUUCUCCUUGUCCCAAACACCCAGCCCCUAUUCCCAGGGCCACCCUUACCAGCGGGAGCUUCUGACACGGGAGUGACCUUCCUGAGUUCAGGGCACACGGGUGAGGCCACAGAGUCUCCUUACAGUUCCAGAUCCAAGCAAAAUGGGGAGUUUAAGGAGAACUUGAGAAAAGAUGACUCGAGGUCUAACUCUCUCAGGAACAAGUCACAGGGCCUUGCUUGCUUCACCCACUUCUCUGGGCCUCUGCUUCCCCACCCGCCAAGCAGGGCAGCAGGUCGAGAUGGUAUCUGCUUUCCCACCACCUAUCUGAUGCUCUGAUCCCCACCUCCAUCUGUUUAUCCAUUCAGUGAGCACUUAUUAAGUGUCCCUGAGGUGCAAGGCACUGCGGGAGAUGGUGACGAGGGGCAGGGGCUCAGCCCCAAAAGGCAGCUGAUUUAUCUCAGGAUAAGCGUAAGGCACACUUGGCGUCAUGCACAGAAGCCCCUCUUGUGUUUGUCUUCUCAUUUCCUUUCCGAGGUUGUAUUCCUUCCCCCCGCCCACGCCGCCUUCUCUUGCUCUCCUCCCAGGACCGAGGCAGGAAGAAAGGGAACAUCAUUUACAUGAAUCUAGGAUGGGGGCUUUUCCAGAAAAUGGUUGGCACCUUUUCUUACCAACUUCACCCUCGUUUUAGACCUGCCCUCCCCCCAGACCCUUUUAUACCCAGAGAGGGGGCAGCAGGGAGAGAGAGAGAAGGAGCUAGAAGAUGGGCCACGGGCCUGUGAUUGAUUGAUGAGGGUCCCGUCACUUCUCUGUCCCCAGUGCCCCCAGCAAGGCCAGAGUUGCGUGGCCUCCGUGGUGUACAAGAGCACAGCCAGACCACCAAGGGGACCAGGGGACCAGGCCUCUGGGCUCCUCCCUCUGCCAGCGGGCAUUGAAGAGAAUGGUCUUCAGGAGUCUUGAGUAAAAGAGAAAUCACAAAACUGAAUGAGCGAAGGCACCCAAAUUUACAUCGAUCAGUGUUCUCUGAUGUAUGUUGGACUGUAACAUAUAUGUUUCAAAGUAAUAAUUUUGUAUAUAUUUUAAGUAAAGUAUUCUUGUUCUUUCAGUGUAUAAGACUGUGUUCUUGCCAGAAUUAGCACCAGGGCCACAACUAGUAAGCCGCGAGUCUGGGGUCCACACCUUGGAACACGCCAUCACUUCUGGAAGCCUGGAAUCUGCAAGCCACUAGCCAAGCUGCAGAGCCCAAAGGACAAUACAGAUCAGAUGGCACCAGGAGAAUGAGUGGUUUGGGGGGGGUCAUAACAGGGCUCCCACAUUUUAAACCUCCCCCCUCCCAGUAACUCCAGCUGGCUGGUCUCCACCCCUGACUUGCACUUUGUGCCCUCGGGAGUCUCUGCAGCCCUGCUGAGCCUUAAACUUGGAGGUCCUUAGAUACUAUGUAAAUUCCAAGUUCUUGUCCCCUUCACUGAAGACUGUAGGGCAACCACUGCUUCUUUGUGUUUUGUCUUCAUCUUCUCUCCGGCCUUGGGCUUCGUGCAAACUCUGGGCAGUGACUGGAGUGUGAUAGCCCCUGGGCCCCAUGGGAGAGCCUAGCCUCAGAAAAUGAGACAGUAAGUUUCAGAAGUGUCCUCCUAAUUCUGACCCCUUGGAAAAAUCACCACCUUGUCGUCGGGAAUCUUGGCCCCUGCUGUUAAGGUGACAGAGGAGCAACAUUUCUCUAGGCCGU